AUGCAUCUAAUGGGUGAUGGUCACAUGGUGUACAGUGAUUUCUUAGGAAGAUGUGUUGUAAUGUGUGAUGAUAAAUUUAAAGAAAUCAUCUCAUUUGGUAAAGGAAUAUUGAAAUAUCCAGGGGGAUUGACAGUAAACAAAAAAACUGGAGUCCUGUAUGUAGCAGAUAGGGAGGCUAACUGUGUGUUUAAAUUCAGUGUUGAUGAUGGUAGACUACUAGGUAAGAUAGGUUCAGAGGGUAGUGAAGUAGGUCAACCACAUGAUGUUACUUUAACCAAGGAAGGUCAUAUGAUCAUUGCUGACUUCGCCCAUGAUAGAAUACAAAUGUUUGAUGCAAAUGAUAAGUUUAUUCGAAUCCUUGUAGGCUGUGGUAAGGAAGAUGGUAAAGUAAGGGGUCCUUGUGGUGUAACCAUGGAUAUGGAUGAAAAUAUAAUAGUGUCAAGUAAUCAUAAACUACAAUUAUUUGAUAAAAAUGGUGUCUUCAUUAAACGAAUAGAUCAUGAAAAUGAUGGAUUAAGUAUCCCAUAUGGGAUCACUGUGAUCUCUAAUAGACCAAGAAGAGUAGCAGUAGCAAACCACAAAGCAAACAAUGUUAAAAGUUUUAACUAUUAA